AUGUUAGCUGACAGUGAGCAGGAUGCGGCCGUUGCAGUUGCUGCUGCCCUCAAUAUCACCGAACCUUCUUCGACCGGUAUCGGUGGUGAUAUGUUCUGCUUGUACUGGGACGCAAAAACUAAGAAGGUGCGUUCACUGAAUGGGUCUGGCCGUGCGCCCAAGAAUACGACAGUGGAUCAGAUACGAAAAGAGCUGGAUCUCACAUCUGGAGAACGUGGCUCCAUUCCAUUAGACGGUGGUCUAUCUGUGACUGUGCCAGGAGCUGCUGCUGGUUGGUGCGAUGUCGUUGAACGAUUUGGUAGCGGCAAGGUUACAUUGGAGCAGAUAUUGACACCUGCCAUUGAGCUGGGUGAAAAUGGCUUUCCUGUUUCUGAGCUAAGUGCGAGUUUUGCGAAGUGGAAGAAUGGCGAAAGUAGGCUUCGGGAUGCCUCUCCCAACUUUCGAGAAAUGCUUCGACGAGACCCAAAUGCAGAGCACUUUGCUCGCGCUCCCCGAGCUGGCGAGAUCAUGCAAAUUCCUACACUGGCACGAACUUUUCGGACUUUAGCUACUGAAGGUAAGAAGGGCUUCUACACUGGUCGCAUCGCGAAAUCAAUCGUUGAUGUUGUUAAAAUGACUGGAGGUCAUCUCGAGCUUGACGAUCUUGAAGACCAUUUAAAUAAGGGCAGCGAAGAGACCACGCCAAUUCACCUGACUUUCACUGGUCAAAACAUAGGUGCAAGACAAAUUCGUGAAAGCGAUGGCAGUUCUGCUGGCCACACUGUCGAUCUUUGGGAACACCCGCCGAAUGGUCAGGGAAUUGUUGCUCUAAUGGCUCUAGGUAUAUUUGAAGAGCUUGAGAAGUCGCGCAAAAUCAGGAUGUUCGCGCAGGAAGACCACAAUUGUGCAGAUUAUCUACAUGCCGUUAUCGAAUCGUUGAGAAUAGCCCUCAUCGAUGCUAGCUGGUGGGUGACAGAUUCCGAGCACAGCCCAAUUAAACCUGCAGAGCUGAUUUCGAGAUCGUACCUCACCGAAAGAGCCAAAUUGUUUGACGCCCAGAAAGCUCAGGCGUUUGAUCAUGGUGAGCCCAGUCCGGCUCACAACCAUUGCGAUACCGUCUACUUCUGCGUUACUGAUAAGGAGGGCAACGGAAUGAGUUUCAUCAAUUCUGUAUACACUGGCUUUGGCAGCGCAAUCAUCCCAGAAGGGUGUGGAUUCAAUCUGCAAAAUCGUGGUGCCAACUUCGUGCUUGGACCUCCAGACCACCCAAAUAUUUACGCUGGUGGGAAGAGGCCGUAUCAUACCAUCAUUCCGGGACUCUUGACACACGGCCAAGGUGAUAAGAGGGAUUUGCACAGCGUGUUUGGCGUGAUGGGUGGUUUUAUGCAGCCACAAGGUCAUGUCCAGACAUUACUCAACAUGGAGGUGUUCGGCAUGAAUCCCCAGCAAGCGCUGGAUGCACCUCGAAUAUGCAUUGGAGCAGGCAUGCCCGAAAAAGGCGCGCUACUUGACAUGACUGUGUAUCUGGAGGAGGGCAUCGAGGAGAGCACUGUUCGAAGCCUCCAACAGCUCGGUCACAAGGUGCAAGUCUUGCAAGGCUUCAGUCGGUCGACGUUUGGUCGAGGACAGAUCAUCAGGCGUCAUGUCGAUGAGAUGACUGGGCAGGUAGUAUGGAGUGCAGGUAGUGAUCCUCGUGGUGAUGGAUGUGCUAUACCUGCUUGA